AACCAUUUAUUCAUUGCCAUCAAAAUACAAGUGUAUCCUAGGAAGUUUCUUGAGAUAGAAAUUCGCUUUACAAAAUGAAGAAAGUGUUUGUAGCAAUUUUUCCUCUACUAGUUGUAUUUGUUCUCACAUUUACAGCUUCAGAACCAGAGCCACCAGUUACACCUUCAGGACCACCAAAGGCAGGGCCACCAAGGGCACCAGUUACAGCUUCAGAACCAGAGCCACCAGUUACACCUUCAAGACCACCAAAGGCAGGGCCACCAAGGGCACCAGUUACAGCUUCGGGACCACCAAAGGCAGGACCACCAAGGGCACCGAUUACAACUUCGGGACCACCAAAGGCAGGGCCGCCAAGAACACCGAUUAUAACUUCAGGGCCACCAAGAGCACCAAUUACAACUUCAGGAUGAAAACUUUAUUAAGCUCAUGAUUAAGGCAAAGGAGAAAGUAGUAUAAUAAAAAGGAUGGGUGCUUUGAAGUUGCUUUAUUCCAAAAAAAAACUUGUCUAAUAUAUGUGAAACAAACAUUUGAUGUUGCAAAUAAUAAUUAAUGAAACAAAUUUAGGUGUUCUUGUGCAA